AUGAGCCGUUGGCACAAUUCAAGCUGCAAACGGCCAGAUGUCAGUGUGGCAGGUGGUAUUCCGUGCUGCAAUCAUUGCUUCGCCAUUGCUAUCAUCGAGCAGGAAACAAGACUCACAGAUUCACCACUGCCACUGAACGACCUAUCUCAUAUUUCUCUGUGGCCAUCAUGUCCCGAUUCAAAUAGCCUAAAUAUAUCAGAGGAAAGCACAGAACAUGGCGACAGCGAACCUCGGACAGACUAUCAAGAGAUUGCAUUCCCGACACUGCCCUCCAAAGAUCACAUACGACUUGUAAGGUUGAAUGCUGGCCCUUUCGAUAGUAUGCUUCAUGUUGACCUGGAAGUGGUAAACAUCCACAAUUGUCCCGCUGAAUCCUUUGAAGUCUUAUCUUAUGCCUCAGUCAACGAGAAUGAAGACUCUGGCAGCUCCCACAUUGUCUUCGUAGGCAAGUACUGGGACACUGUUCAUGUAUCAUACAAUUGCCAACAGGCGCUUCGCUUUGUUCGAAACCAGGAGUUUGAUCGACUCUUAUGGGUGGAUUCAUUAUGCAUCGAUGACGCUAACCUCAAAGAGAAAAGUCAACAAACCUCCUUGAAACGAAAGAUCUGCCAAAAGGCGUCCAAAGUACUUGCCUACUUGUGUGAAGAAACAUCCGACAGUCGAGAAGCUUUGGACUUUCUCAACAGCAUCGCUAUAACAGAUUCCGAAGUGAGCACUGGCCAUGAGCAUAUAAACAAAGAGAAUCGGAGAGCUUUGAGAAUCCUUCUAGAAAGACCAUUGUUCACCAGAUUAUGGUUCCUUGUUGAAGCGUUACUAGCUCGAAACCUUGAGUUACUAUGCGGUGCAAAUUCAGCUCCAUGGCCUAAAGCGCCUUUCGCGUUGGCUCAUGAAGACAUCGAGAUCUUUUUACCCAUAUUAGCACAAGUAUCCUCAUACGAAUGUUCCGAUCCGCGGGACAAGGUAUUUGCUGUGCUUAGCUUGAUAUCCCAGAGUGAACUUAUACCCGACUACACUGUUUCCGUUGAAAGAAUAUACACCGAACUAGCUGCGUACCUUAUCAAGGUUUGCAACACCAUGGAUGUUCUUGAAUCAGCUGGUCUAACAAUAAAGACAUUCGACCUCCCCUCCUGGGUCCCAGACUGGUCGCAAGCAUUAUCCACGACCGCUACAUCCAUUCCAACAAACAACCAAAGACUCAGCCGAAAAUACAACAAAGUCUCAGGCUCAGGUCGUGUAAUAUUCCGAUCCUACCUUGCCUUUGACUGUGAGAGCCACCUGAGCGCAGCUACGCCGAUCCUGCGCACUUCCACUAUCAAGAUUUGCGGGUUAGGGGGUAGUAUCAAGCGUGGUCCAACUCGUGUAAAAAUCAGAAUGGCGCUGGAUGAAAGAGCAACUCUAUCGGAUAAGCAAGGGCAAGAUAGCUUGUACCUUCUCGGUGGAUACAACAACCCUGUCAUUCUCAGAGAAGAUUCUGUCACGGGCUCUUAUCAUUUCGUAUCGACCUGUGCCCUUUCGCUCAGACAACCGCAUACCAGUAGAUGGCUGCUGCCUUGGGCCAGUGAACAGCCGAAUGAGCGGUACAUCGUCUCAGGACUGUCUCCUGAAGAUAAUAGUUUGAUUCGCGAGUUCCAUCUGCUCAUGGAACAAACUACCCAACAAUCUGUUCCCUUAGGCGGCGAUGACGAAAUUCCCAUCCCCUUCGCCAGCAUCAGAGACAGAGUCUUUAACUUUUCUCUAUGGCUGCAAAGCCCGUUGCCGAGACUUGAAAAACAGUUGUGGGAUAAAUGGGAAGAUUCAAACAGAGAGUUUGGCUGGAUGUUCCGUGAUCAACAUGCAGCAUGGCAGUUCCUUCGACAAGUCAAUUCCUUGCAAGUUGCCGGAGGACAGGGAGAAUUUGAGAUGCUAGUGGACAAGUUCGAUGACAUCCAGACUACAUUGUAUUGCGGUGUGAAGCUGCCUUGGACAUAUUCAUGGGAUCUCAGUCGAUUUGUCUGGUCGUUUUUACGACCCUUGACUCCAGAACAAGCGGCUCAAGGACCACAAUGGACUCCAGUGCUGGGAAGGAUGAUGACGGCUCUUCCUAAAAUUAUAGAAUGGGCAGAAACGACGGAACAGCUAUUGAAGUUGUUUGAAUAUAGUCAAACUAUAUUCGGCGCCCGCUGGGCAUCAUUUCCUGGUAAUGGACUACCUCAGAAGUGGAUUGAUAACUACGAAAAUUUCUACAAGAUUCUGAAUAUGGAUAUAAAUAGAUUCAUUGCAGACCUAAGGACAUCACUGGAUUCAUCUUGUCACUGGGACAUUCGAGAGUUCGAACAUAAUGCCCGAGCUAGAUGUCGUCUAUGGGAUCUCAACCUACCUCCCGAACUAGAAUCAGGAAGUGCUAGUAACAUAGCAGUGCAUGCGGGCUUUAGAUCCCUAGGACUAGAGCUAUACGAUGAGCAGAAGGUAGACAUCCUUUGA